CUCUCCUACGCAUCCUCAUCCCUUCCUCUUCCCAUUGCAUUAAGCUGGAGUCUGGGAGCACGGCUUGAGCUUCGGUACUUCUCUAUACACAUCUCCGUUUCGUCACAAUGCAGCGCGCAUUCGCAUCCCGGGCGCGGUCGUCCGUCCUGAACAGCUCCAAGCUCAGGUCAUCAAGCUUCAAUCUCCAGCAGCAGCGAUUUGCCCACAAGGAGCUCAAGUUUGGUGUUGAGGGACGAGCAGCUCUCCUCACCGGCAUCGACACACUCGCGAAGGCCGUAGCCACAACACUGGGUCCCAAGGGCCGGAAUGUGCUGAUUGAGUCAAGCUAUGGCUCGCCCAAGAUCACGAAGGAUGGUGUCACCGUCGCAAAAGCCAUCACCCUCAAAGACAAGUUCGAGAACCUCGGCGCACGCCUGCUCCAGGACGUCGCCUCGAAGACCAACGAAGUCGCCGGUGACGGUACCACUACUGCUACCGUCCUGGCCCGCGCUAUCUUCUCCGAGACUGUCAAGAACGUCGCCGCCGGCUGCAACCCCAUGGAUCUGAGGCGAGGAACACAGGCUGCGGUUGAGGCGGUUGUUGAAUACCUGCAGGCGAACAAGAAGAAUAUCACCACUAGCGCGGAGAUCUCUCAGGUUGCUACCAUCUCCGCCAACGGCGAUACCCACAUUGGUGAGCUCCUCUCCAGCGCGAUGGAGAAGGUCGGAAAAGAGGGUGUCAUCACCGUCAAGGAGGGCAAGACCAUCGAGGAUGAGCUGGAGAUCACAGAGGGCAUGAAGUUCGACCGCGGUUACAUCUCGCCCUACUUCAUCACUGACGCCAAGGCUCAGAAGGUCGAGUUUGAGAAGCCUCUGCUCCUCCUCUCCGAGAAGAAGAUCUCUGCAGUCCAGGACAUCGUCCCCGCGCUCGAGGCCUCCCAGACCCUCCGCCGCCCGCUCGUCAUCAUCGCCGAGGACAUUGACGGUGAGGCUCUUGCUGUCUGCAUUCUCAACAAGCUCCGCGGUCAGCUCCAGGUCGCCGCUGUCAAAGCUCCCGGCUUCGGUGACAACAGGAAGUCCAUUCUUGGUGAUCUCGCUGUCCUGACCAACGGUACCGUCUUCAGCGAUGAUCUCGACAUCAAGCUCGAGAAGUGCACUCCGGACAUGCUCGGCUCGACCGGCUCUAUCACCAUCACCAAGGAGGACACUGUCAUUCUGAACGGCGAGGGCAGCAAGGACGCAGUCACUCAGCGCUGCGAGCAGAUCCGGGGUGUCAUGGACGACCCCACCACCUCGGACUACGAGAAAGAGAAGCUCCAGGAGCGUCUCGCCAAGCUCUCUGGUGGUGUUGCCGUCAUUAAGGUCGGAGGUUCUUCUGAGGUUGAGGUCAGCGAGAAGAAAGACCGCAUUGUUGAUGCUCUCAACGCUACCCGCGCUGCGGUCGAGGAGGGUAUCCUGCCUGGUGGUGGCACUGGUCUGCUUAAGGCCGCCGUCCACGCUCUGGGUAAGGUCCAGCCUACCAACUUCGAUCAGCAGCUCGGUGUCAGCAUCGUCAAGAACGCCAUCACCCGCCCGGCUCGAACAAUCAUUGAGAAUGCCGGCGCUGAGGGAUCCGUCAUUGUCGGCAAGCUCAUGGACGAAUAUGGCAGCGACUUCAACAAGGGCUUCAACAGCGCCCAGGGCGAAUACGUUGACAUGAUCCAAGCCGGUAUCCUCGACCCAUUCAAGGUCGUCCGAACCGCCCUUGUUGACGCCAGCGGUGUCGCAUCCCUGCUCGGCACCACCGAAGUCGCGAUAGUAGAAGCACCGGAAGACGUUAAGGGUCCUCCGCCAGGCAUGGGCGGCAUGGGUGGUAUGGGUGGAAUGGGAGGCAUGGGCUUCUAAGCGGUAAUAGCUGAGGAGCCUGUUCACUAAUAUUCUAAUACCCUCCCGUUCAACUAUACCCUCUUUUAGUACUCGAGUCUUUCCCAGCGCUGUCUUUGUACAUGAUAUUGGGUUACUACUCCACUCCUGUUCUCCCCCUCCUUGUCUUCCUAGUCACCUUUGAAAAGCGCGGCAUUGUCUUGGAUGUUUUGUACAAUAUCAUGUGUAUCUAGAACGCCCUUGGGAAGGACGAGAUGUAAAAGCUACAAGGAAUGUAAAGAACUUCAUACAAGAAUCCU